AUUUACCAUCGUACUCAACACAAACAAGUCACAAAUAAAAAACAAAACAAGAAAGAAAGCUAGAAAUUUCCUCCAUUAACAUACAGUUGAAAGAUUUUUUCUUAUACCCUCUCUCGUUCUUGGAUUACCAAGAAAAGAAAAUGGGGGUUUCUAAAACUUGGAAAGCUACAAUCUUUUUAGGGUUUCUAUGGCUGAACCUAUUAUUCCAAUCAGUAGUGGGUCGUUUCGUAGUGGAGAAAAACAGCUUAAGGGUCGUCUCACCUGAUGAUAUUAAAGGCACUUACGAUAGUGCAAUUGGCAACUUUGGGAUUCCACAAUAUGGUGGUAGUCUUCCCGGUACUGUGGUUUAUCCAAAAGGAAACCAAAAGGGUUGUCGAAAUUUUGAUGAUUCUGGGAUUUCUUUUAAGUCAAAAUCUGGUGCUAUGCCCACCUUUGUUCUCGUCGAUCGUGGAGAUUGCUUCUUCGCUCUGAAGGUCUGGAAUGCCCAAAAUGCGGGUGCCGCUGCAGUUCUAGUUGCAGAUGAUGUUGACGAAAGGCUGAUAACCAUGGAUACACCUGAAGCGGAUGGUUCUUCUGCAAAAUACGUUGAGAACAUAACAAUACCAUCUGCCCUUAUUGAGAAAAGCUUUGCAGAGAAGUUGAAGAAAGCUGUGAGUGCAGGAGAAAUGGUUAAUGUGAAUCUUGAUUGGAGAGAAGCUGUGCCCCACCCAGAUGAUCGUGUGGAGUAUGAGCUGUGGACUAGUAGCAAUGAUGAAUGUGGGUUCAAAUGUGACAUGUUGAUGAAAUAUGUCAAAGAUUUUAAGGGUGCAGCACAAAUUCUUGAGAAAGGUGGAUAUACGCAAUUCACACCCCACUAUAUUACUUGGUAUUGCCCUCAGGCAUUCACUGUAAGCAAGCAGUGCAAGUCUCAAUGUAUCAACCACGGAAGAUACUGUGCUCCUGAUCCUGAACAAGAUUUCAGCACUGGAUAUGAAGGAAAGGACGUUGUUGUUGAGAACUUGAGGCAGCUGUGUGUUUUUAAAGUGGCCAAUGAGACAAAGAAGCCAUGGGUGUGGUGGGAUUAUGUGACCGAUUUUCAGAUUCGGUGUCCCAUGAAGGAGAAAAAAUAUAACAAGGAAUGUGCUGAUGGUGUUAUCAAGUCUUUAGGUCUUGAUUUAAGAAAGAUUGAGAAGUGUAUGGGAGACCCUAGUGCUGAUGAGGACAACCCUGUUCUGAAAGAAGAGCAAGAUGCUCAAGUUGGUAAAGGAACAAGAGGUGAUGUCACCAUAUUACCUACUCUUGUUGUCAACAAUCGACAAUAUCGAGGGAAAUUGGAGAAAGGAGCUGUUUUAAAGGCUAUUUGUUCUGGUUUUGAGGAGACUACUGAGCCUGCAGUUUGUUUGAGCGAUGACGUGGAGACAAAUGAGUGCCGGGAUAAUAAUGGUGGCUGCUGGCAAGACAAGGCUGCUAAUAUCACUGCCUGCAAGGAUACAUUUCGUGGUAGAGUGUGUGAAUGCCCCGUGGUUGAUGGUGUGCAGUUUAAGGGAGAUGGUUAUAGCUCUUGUACAGCAAGUGGACCUGGGCGAUGCAAACUCAACAAUGGAGGCUGUUGGCAUGACACACGAGAUGGUCAUACUUACUCUGCUUGUGUGGAUAACGAGGAGGGGAAAUGCUCUUGUCCUCCAGGAUUUAAAGGUGAUGGUGUUAAAAGUUGCGAAGAUGUUGAUGAAUGCAAAGAUAAGAAAGCAUGUCAAUGCCCAGAAUGCAGCUGCAAGAAUACAUGGGGCAGUUAUGAGUGCAGUUGUAGUGGGGACCUACUGUACAUUAGAGACCAUGACACCUGCAUAAGCAAGAGAGCUAGAGAAGUCAAAUCGGCUUGGGCCGCAGUUUGGGCCAUUUUGAUUGGAUUGGCUAUGGCUGGUGGUGGUGCAUAUCUUGUAUACAAAUACAGAUUGAGGUCAUACAUGGAUUCGGAGAUCAGGGCCAUUAUGGCACAAUAUAUGCCGCUAGACAGCCAAAACGAAGUCCCAAAUCAUGUCAGUGAUGAACGUGCUUGAAAUAGAGAUUACAUGCCACCAGAUUUCCAAAAUGAAGUCCAAAUAUUACCAAGCCUGGAUUGCAGACAGAAAAAUUUAUCAGUAAUCAUUCUUCUGAGAAUUUGGGUGAAGUGGCAGAUGCAAUUGCCUUCUCUUUCUAAUAAAGAAGCUGAAGGUAAAUUAUUACGUCUGUUAUAUACAAUGGAUAAUAAAGACAGCGUACGACUUUCUUUUCUUUUAAUUUAUGCUUUUUUCUCCUCAUUUUAUGUAUCUUUGAGGGUCUUGUAACAUUUUAGGCAUCAGUUUAGGUUCAGGCGAACAGUUUGUGGUAGGAUUUAUAUAGCUGUCAUGUGGAAUGAGUUGUAUCACCAUUAUUUAGAUUGGUGCAUGCAAUUAUGUAAAUUGCCUCCCUUUUUGUCAUGAGUUGCAUCCCAUGUACGAAGAGGGAUCAAAAUUAAUGGUAACCGCGUGUGAUCUGUGGAGCAGGGUUUACACUAGAACAUGACUAUGCCUUGCUGCAUGAGUAUUACUGUAGUAUGUCCCAUAUUUAGCUUCUGUUCGAGUAUCCUGUAUCUAACUUGCUUUAAGUUGUGUUCGUUGUUUGAUCUCUGAUUGGAAAGCUA